AUGACGACUGGGUACAAUGCCAUCGAAGACUAUGGGAUUAUCGGGGACAUGCACACCUGUGCCCUCGUGAGCAAAACAGGAAGUAUCGAUUUCAUGUGCUGGCCCGUCUUUGACUCCCCAAGCAUCUUUUGUCGCCUCCUGGACUCGAACAAAGGGGGUUACUUCAACAUCUCUCCGCCUACGCAUGUCCCGGAUGUGCUCAAUAAGCAGCGGUAUCUCCCAUACUCGAAUCUGCUUGAGACCCGGUGGACCAAUGACGAGGGCGUAGUCACCAUGCUCGACUACUUCCCUGUCUCGCCCAAGAAGACGGCCCAGGCGGCCCAGGCGGCCCGAAUUCUGUCCGGAUAUUGUCCCUGUAACGAGGUUGGAGUCAAUAGGUUCAAGUCUGGGCUGCGGCAUUCGGGCUUGAUCAGGAAGCUGGAAUGCAGCCGUGGCGCAAUGGAGUUGGUAGUGGAGCUGUUCCCAGCCUUCAACUACGCCAGGGAUACCCAUACCACGCGGGCCAAGCUCGAAGAUGAUCUGAGCAAGCAUCCCUUGCAGACCGUCCACUUUGAAAGUGAUACGGAAAAGCUCCAGGUGGAGAUCUUUGCCCAUUCGAGGGUGGGCAAUGUGGUGGGAUACCCAGAGGCGCGAUUCAGCCUGAAUGACAAACAGGAGCUCAAGGGACGCGGGCUUCACUUGUGGCUCAAACUUGAAAAGGGUCAGAGCAUCACAGUAAUCGUGCAUAGCCCCGAAAAGGCAAUGCCCAGUGAUUCGAUGAUGGAGGCCUAUCUCAACCGACUGGAAGAGGAGACGUUUGACUUUUGGACGGCAUGGACCCGCAAAUGCGCGUUUCGCGGUCACUAUCGCGAGACUGUGGAGAGAAGCCUGUUGAUCUUGAAGCUCCUCACCUACAAGCCCACGGGGGCUAUUGUGGCGGCUCCGACCUUCUCGCUACCUGAAAAUGUGGGCGGCGCCCGGAACUGGGACUACCGGUACUCCUGGGUCCGUGAUACGGCCUUCACCCUCUACGUCUUCCUCAAGAUGGGUUACAACGAUGAGGCGGAGGCGUACGUCAACUUCAUCUUCGAUCGUAUCUUCCCGCAUGCACAGCAUGAUGUGAAGCCGGGCUCGAAGCGGCCGUUCCUCCCACUCAUGUUCACCAUUCGCGGCGAAUACGAGAUCCCUGAAGUGGAACUUGACCACCUCGACGGCUACAAGGGCAGCAAGCCCGUGCGUGUGGGAAAUGCCGCCGUCUUCCACACCCAGCUGGAUAUCUACGGCGAGCUCCUCGACAGCAUCUACCUGUACGACAAGUACUGCAACCCAAUCACAUAUGACAAGUGGCUGGCCAUCCGCCGCAUGGUCAACUACGUGAUCGAGGUGCGCCGCGAGAAGGACAUGUCCAUCUGGGAGUCCCGCGGCCAGAUCCAGAAUUUCCUCUACUCCAAGAUCAUGCUCUGGGUGGCCCUGGACCGCGGCGUCCGCCUCUGCGAGAAACGCUCCAGCCUGCCCUGUCCGGAACGCUUCCGCUGGAUCCAGAUCCGCGACGAGCUCUACGACGAAAUCAUGGAACGCGGCUACAACAGCGAACGCGGCCACUUCUCGCAGAGCUUCGAGAGCCGCGACGUCCUCGACGCGGCCAUCAUGAUCGCGCCCCUGGUCUUCUUCAUCGCGCCCAACGACCCGCGCUUCAUCAGCACCCUGGAGAAAAUCCUCCUCAACCCAGAUAAACGGGGCCUCUCCAGCGCAAAGAUGGUCUUCCGCUACGACCAAGAAACAGCCAACGACGGCGUCGGUGGCCGCGAAGGCGCCUUCAUCAUGGUUACAUUCUGGCUUGUCGAAGCAAUGGCCCGCGCCGCAAAAUACGACGUCCGCGUCCCCAACCUUUGGAAAAACGCGCUCGCCCACUUCGAUAACAUCCUCUCCUACUCGAACCACCUGGGCAUGUUCUCCGAGGAGGUCUCCCUGUCCGGCGAGCAGAUGGGGAAUACCCCGCAGGCGUUCAGCCAUCUAGCCUGCAUCAGCGCGGCGAUCAAUCUCGAGAAUCAGGCUUGA